AUGCCAGUACUUAACGACGUUCAACUUGCAGGUCCCAAGGACCUGGCUCCUCUUGUGGGGAGUGGUGAGCCUAUCUAUGUCAUUCUCACCAGCUCCAACGAUGAGGAAACCGGUGUACCAUGGUGCUCUGAUGUCCGGGCUGCUCUACCACUUUUGAAAGAAACCUUUGAUAAGCCGGCCGGACCCAAGGCUAUCUAUGAGAGCGUUGGUCCCCGGCCUGGAUGGAAGAAGCCAGAUAACCCUCACAAACUCGCUUGGAGCAUUUCAGCGAUCCCAACUGUUAUUAGGUUCGAACUUCGCAACGGGGAAAUAGUAGAAACUGGGAGGCUUGUAGAGGCCCAGGUAUAUGAGGAGGGAAAGCUACAGAGCUUCGUGUCUUAA